AGUGUCCAGAGCCCAUCGGAGCGAAGAGAGGCUCACGUCCGACCGAGGAGAAGACACCGAAAGCGGAGAGACGCGCUCCCGACCCUCGGCCAGCACCAGCCUUCCUCCCCGAGCAUCCGCGCCGCGGAGAACAGCCCUGCAGAAGCUGAGCGCCCACCGCCCGCAGCAGAGAGCGACGACAUGGCCAAGAACACGGCGAUCGGCAUCGACCUGGGCACCACCUACUCGUGCGUGGGCGUGUUCCAGCACGGCAAGGUGGAGAUCAUCGCCAACGACCAGGGCAACCGCACGACCCCCAGCUACGUGGCCUUCACCGACACCGAGCGGCUCAUCGGCGACGCCGCCAAGAACCAGGUGGCCAUGAACCCGCAGAACACCGUGUUCGAUGCGAAGCGUCUGAUCGGCCGCAAGUUCGGCGACCCGGUGGUGCAGGCGGACAUGAAGCACUGGCCCUUCCGGGUGGUGAACGACGGCGACAAGCCCAAGGUGCAGGUGAGCUACAAGGGCGAGAGCCGCGCGUUCUACCCCGAGGAGAUCUCGUCCAUGGUGCUGACGAAGAUGAAGGAGAUCGCCGAGGCGUACCUGGGCCACCCGGUGACCAACGCGGUGAUCACCGUGCCCGCCUACUUCAACGACUCCCAGCGGCAGGCCACCAAAGACGCGGGCGUGAUCGCGGGACUCAACGUGCUGCGCAUCAUCAACGAGCCCACGGCGGCCGCCAUCGCCUACGGGCUGGACCGCUCUGGCAAGGGGGAGCGCAACGUGCUCAUCUUCGACCUGGGGGGCGGCACGUUCGACGUGUCCAUCCUGACCAUCGACGACGGCAUCUUCGAGGUGAAGGCCACGGCGGGCGACACGCACCUGGGCGGCGAGGACUUCGACAACCGGCUGGUGAGCCACUUCGUGGAGGAGUUCAAGAGGAAGCACAGGAAGGACAUCAGCCAGAACAAGCGCGCGGUGCGGCGCCUGCGCACGGCGUGCGAGCGCGCCAAGCGCACCCUGUCGUCCAGCACGCAGGCCAGCCUGGAGAUCGACUCGCUCUUCGAGGGCAUCGACUUCUACACGUCCAUCACGCGCGCGCGCUUCGAGGAGCUGUGCUCCGACCUGUUCCGCGGCACGCUGGAGCCCGUGGAGAAGGCGCUGCGCGACGCCAAGAUGGACAAGGCGCAGAUCCACGACCUGGUGCUGGUGGGCGGCUCCACGCGCAUCCCCAAGGUGCAGAAGCUGCUGCAGGACUUCUUCAACGGGCGCGAGCUGAACAAGAGCAUCAACCCGGACGAGGCGGUGGCCUACGGGGCGGCGGUGCAGGCGGCCAUCCUGAUGGGGGACAAGUCGGAGAACGUGCAGGACCUGCUGCUGCUGGACGUGGCGCCGCUGUCGCUGGGCCUGGAGACGGCGGGCGGCGUGAUGACGGCGCUCAUCAAGCGCAACUCCACCAUCCCCACCAAGCAGACGCAGACCUUCACCACCUACUCGGACAACCAGCCCGGCGUGCUGAUCCAGGUGUACGAGGGCGAGAGGGCCAUGACGCGCGACAACAACCUGCUGGGCCGCUUCGAGCUGAGCGGCAUCCCGCCGGCGCCCAGGGGCGUGCCCCAGAUCGAGGUGACCUUUGACAUCGACGCCAACGGCAUCCUGAACGUCACGGCCACCGACAAGAGCACCGGCAAGGCCAACAAGAUCACCAUCACCAACGACAAGGGCCGCCUGAGCAAGGAGGAGAUCGAGCGCAUGGUGCAGGAGGCCGAGAGGUACAAGGCCGAGGACGAGGCGCAGCGCGACAGGGUGGCGGCCAAGAACGCGCUCGAGUCCUACGCCUUCAACAUGAAGAGCUCCGUGGAGGACGAGGGCCUGCGGGGCAAGCUCAGCGAGGCGGACAGGAAGACGGUGCUGGACAAGUGCCAGGAGGUCAUCUCCUGGCUGGACGCCAACACGCUGGCCGACAAGGAGGAGUUCGUGCACAAGCGGGAGGAGCUGGAGCGGGUGUGCAGCCCCAUCAUCAGCGGGCUGUACCGGGGUGCGGGGGCUCCCGGGGCCGGGGGCUUCGGGGCCCAGGCGCCCAAGGGAGGCUCUGGCUCGGGGCCCACCAUCGAGGAGGUGGAUUAGAAGUCCCUCCUUGCUCUCCUAGAGUCCUCUGGGACACAGACAGGUGGCGCUUGAGGACUGUGAUGCACUGGGUUUUGUCAGGUUUA